AUGACUGGUCGCGGUGGUGGCGGUGGUCGCCGUGUCCUCGUUCCUCCUAUCAACUUCAUCUUCAAGCUUCUUCAAUCACACGCCACGGUCAGCGUCUGGCUGUACGAGCAGCUCUCCAUCCGCAUUGAGGGCAAGAUCAGAGGUUUCGAUGAGUUCAUGAACCUGGUAAUCGACGAUGCCGUGGAGGUUAAGCAAAUUACCAAGACCAACGACAAGGAGUCCCGGAGACCUCUCGGUCAAAUCCUGUUGAAGGGAGACAACGUGUCGCUGAUCCAGAGUGCUGCAAGCUGA